AUAUGGGCGGUGAGGUGAUGCUAUGCGACGGUCGAAUCUUUUGCCUUGCCUUUGAAGCCGUGUUCGUACUCGUAUUCACGGAUGAUAAAAAGAACUGUAUGUGAAAAAUAUUUAUUUAUGAAUGCAAGAAGUGAUUGUUUAUGUAACUUAAAUCGUAAAUCUUGUAGAAACUGUGAUAGUGCUACUUUUCGAUCGGGGUUUCUGGGAAGCCUCAAAGUGCGGUAUUUGUGAACUGUGAAAAGAAUUACCAGCUGCAAGGAAAACAUUCCUGGAUUUAAUUUUGGCAGAAGUGAGUGUGGCGCGGUGAAGAGAGUCAGGUCGCGAUGACGACCGAUAUAUCGGUGUCCCGCUGGGACCCGUCCAUCGGCCAUGGGCAGGAGAUCAUCGAUGAGAUCGAGUACGAUGGCGGCAAUUCAUCCUCAAGGCUUUUCGAACGAUCGCGCAUCAAGGCGCUUGCAGACGAACGAGAGAGCGUCCAAAAGAAGACGUUCCAGAAAUGGGUGAACUCACACUUGGUGCGUGUGGGAUGCCGUAUCGGCGACCUCUAUGUGGACAUGCGAGACGGAAAGAACCUCAUCAAACUACUCGAAGUUCUCUCUGGAGAGAGAUUGCCUCGACCAACGAAAGGCAAAAUGCGUAUCCACUGCCUGGAGAAUGUUGACAAAGCUCUGCAGUUCCUUCGGGAACAACGAGUGCAUCUGGAGAACAUGGGGUCUCAUGACAUAGUCGAUGGGAACCCUCGACUUAACCUCGGACUUAUAUGGACCAUUAUUUUGCGGUUCCAGAUUCAAGACAUUACAAUUGAAGAGACGGAUAACAAAGAAACGAAAUCGGCGAAGGACGCUCUGCUACUCUGGUGUCAGAUGAAGACGGCUGGAUAUAACAACGUCAAUGUUCGUAACUUCACAACAUCUUGGCGCGAUGGUUUGGCCUUCAAUGCGAUCAUUCACAAGCAUAGACCGGAUUUGAUUCAGUUUGAAAAACUACACAGAAGUAAUCCGAUGCACAACUUGAACAAUGCCUUUAAUGUUGCUGAAGAGAAGCUCGGGCUUACCAAGCUGCUGGAUGCUGAAGAUAUCGCGGUGGAACACCCUGACGAGAAAUCCAUAAUAACAUACGUGGUGACGUACUACCAUUACUUCAGCAAGAUGAAGCAAGAAACGGUUCAAGGGAAGCGUAUUGGCAAAGUUGUAGGCAUCGCUAUGGAGAAUGAGAAGAUGAUGCAGGAGUACGAGACUCUUACUAGUGAUCUCCUGCAAUGGAUCGAGCGUACCAUCGAAGCCCUCGGUGACAGAACAUUCGCUAACUCAUUGGAGGGAGUGAGACAACAACUGAUUCAGUUUGCUAACUAUCGUACUGUGGAGAAACCGCCCAAGUUUGUAGAGAAAGGAAACUUGGAAGUACUCCUAUUCACUCUCCAGUCUCGUAUGCGAGCGGCCAAUCAGAAGCCGUAUACGCCACGCGAGGGUCGCAUGAUACACGACAUCAACCGUGCUUGGGAACGCCUUGAGAAGUCGGAGCACGAAAGAGAAUUGGCUUUGAGAGAAGAGUUGAUAAGACAGGAGAAGUUGGAGCAGUUGGCUGCUAGAUUCAACCGCAAGGCUCAGAUGCGUGAAACGUGGUUAUCUGAGAACCAGCGAUUGGUCAGUCAAGAUAACUUUGGCUUCGAUUUAACAGCAGUGGAAGCGGCGGCUAAGAAGCAUGAAGCCAUCGAAACUGAUAUCUUCGCGUAUGAGGAAAGAGUCCAGGCUGUGGUCGCUGUUUGUGGGGAACUACAGGCUGAGAGGUAUCAUGACAUAGAGCGUGUGUGCGCUCGUCGUGACAACGUACUACGUCUGUGGGCGUAUUUGCUCGAGUUGCUUCGUGCACGCCGAGCUCGUCUUGAACUUAGCCUGCAUCUGCAACAGAACUUCCAGGAAAUGCUGUACAUCCUGGACUCCAUGGAAGAAAUUAAGAUGCGUCUCCUGACCGAUGACUACGGCAAACAUUUGAUGGGAGUAGAGGACUUGCUACAAAAGCACGCUUUAGUUGAAGCUGACAUCAAUGUAUUGGGAGAGCGUGUGAAGGUCGUAGUUGGUCAAUCUCAGAGAUUCCUGGAGCAGGAGGAAGGUGGAUACCGUCCAUGUGACCCUGCCAUCACCGUAGAGAGGAUCCAGCAACUGGAGAAUGCAUAUGCUGAACUGGUUCACCUGGCUGUUGAGAGAAGGAAGCGACUUGAAGACAGCCGUAAACUGUGGCAGUUCUACUGGGACAUGGCCGAUGAAGAGAACUGGAUUAAGGAGAAGGAGCGGAUCGUCUCCGUUGAUGACAUUGGCCAUGAUCUUACUACGGUUUACCUGCUGAUAUCCAAGCAUAAGGCGCUGGAAGCAGAUGUGGCAGCUCACGAGCCACAAUUGAUGGAUGUCGCCGCUGUUGGAGACGAGCUCAUCUCGCAAGGGCACUUUGGGGCUGAUAGGAUACAGGAGCGUCUCCGAGACAUCCUGUCGCAAUGGAACCACCUUCUGGAUGUUGUGUCCCUCCGUAACAACAGAUUGGAUGCGGCUGUACGUUAUCACCAGCUGUUCGCUGAUGCUGACGAUAUCGACCAAUGGAUGCUUGAUACUUUGCGGUUGGUUUCAUCCGAAGACACCGGUGUAGACGAGGCCCAAGUGCAAAGUCUAUUGAAGAAACACAAAGACGUAACAGACGAGUUGAAACACUAUGCCAACGUUAUUCAACAACUUAAGCAACAAGCAAGCGAACUGAGUCCGGAAGACGCGAGCAGCGCCGAAGUACGCGAUCGUUUGGGAGCGAUGGACGCGCGUCUCAACGAGCUAUCGGAACUCGCUCGUCUACGCAAGCAGCGUCUACUUGACGCCCUGUCGUUGCACAAGCUGUUGGCUGAAGCUGACGCGGCAGACCAAUGGAUUGCGGAGAAGGAUCGAAUGCUGGAUACUAUGCAUCCACCGAAGGAUAUUGACGAUGUGGAGAUUAUGAAACACAGAUACGAUGGCUUCGACAAGGAGAUGAAUGCUAACGCGUCGAGAGUGGCCGUCGUGAACCAGUUGGCUCGUCAGCUCAUUCACGUGGAGCACCCUGAGGCACCGCGUAUUACGGAAAGACAGGCUCAGCUCAACCAGGCCUGGAGUGGGCUUAGGGAGAAGGCUGAGGCUAAGAAGGACGAGCUGAAAUCGGCUCAAGGUGUACAAACCUUCUACAUUGAGUGCCGUGAGACCGUCUCAUGGAUUGAAGACAAGAAACGCAUCCUGCAACAGACCGACAAUCUGGAGAUGGAUCUUAACGGUGUGAUGACUCUCCAACGUCGUCUGUCGGGAAUGGAGCGCGAUUUAGCAGCCAUUCAGGCCCGCAUCAGCUCUUUGGAGGACGAGGCCAAUUCCAUCGAAGGAGAACAUCCGGAUGAAGCAAGGCUUAUCCGGGAACGCGUUGUCACUAUUACAGAGAACUGGGAUCAGCUUACACAAAUGCUCAAAGAGCGUGAUUCAAAGCUGGAAGAAGCUGGAGAUUUGCAUCGCUUCUUGCGUUCCGUGGAUCACUUCCAAGCCUGGCUUACCAAGACACAGACCGAUGUUGCGUCAGAAGAUAUUCCAUCGAGUCUCCCGGAGGCGGAGAAGCUCUUGUCUCAACACCAGACCAUCAAGGAAGAGAUCGACAACUACAAGGACGAAUAUGCCAAGAUGAUGGAGUAUGGAGAGAAGAUCACUGCCGAACCAUCGACAGCAGACGACCCGCAAUACAUGUUCCUCCGAGAAAGGCUAAAGGCUCUCCGCGAAGGAUGGGCAGAGUUGCAGCAGAUGUGGGAGAACCGGCAGCAGCUGCUCACGCAGUCCCUCGAGCUGCAAUUGCUGCAGAGGGACGCUCGUCAGGCUGAGGUGCUGCUAGCACAUCAGGAGCAUAGAAUUGCGAAGAUCGAGCCACCAGCUAACUUGGAACAGGCUGAGAAUAUGAUCAAGGAGCACGAAGCCUUCCUCACCACGAUGGAAGCCAACGAUGACAAGAUUAACUCUGUCGUCCAGUUCGCCAAUCGCCUCGUCGAGGAGAGACACUUUGAUGCAGACAAGAUCCAACGCAAAGCUGAGAGCAUCCGCGCCAGACGAGACGCUAACAGAGACAAGGCUGUCGAACAGAUGGACAAACUUCAAGACCAACUGCAGUUACACCAAUUCCUUCAAGACUGCGACGAACUCGGCGAGUGGGUCCAAGAAAAGAAUGUCACCGCCCAAGAUGACACUUACCGCUCGGCCAAAACUAUCCACUCCAAGUGGACCCGCCAUCAAGCGUUCGAAGCGGAAAUCGCCGCCAACAAGGAGAGGCUGUUCGCCGUCCAGAACGCGGCCGAGGAACUCAUGAAACAGAAACCAGAGUUCGUCGAAAUAAUUUCACCCAAAAUGACCGAACUGCAAGACCAAUUCGAAAACCUUCAAACGACAACGAAGGACAAGGGCGAACGGCUCUUCGACGCCAACCGUGAAGUUCUCUUGCACCAGACGUGUGACGACAUCGAUUCCUGGAUGAACGAGCUGGAGAAACAGAUCGAGAACACCGACACGGGCACUGAUCUGGCAUCUGUGAACAUUCUCAUGCAGAAACAACAGAUGAUCGAGACUCAGAUGGCCGUCAAGGCCAAACAGGUCACCGAGCUCGAGACGCAGGCCGAGUACCUCCAGAAGACCGUGCCAGAUAAGAUGGAGGAGAUCAAAGAGAAGAAGAAGUCUGUGGAACAUAGAUUCGAGCAGCUCAAAGCUCCCUUACUGGAUCGUCAGAGACACUUGGCCAAGAAGAAGGAGGCGUUCCAGUUCCGCCGCGAUAUCGAGGAUGAGAAACUAUGGGUACACGAGAAGAUGCCGUUGGCUACGAGCACCGAUUAUGGAAACUCACUCUUCAACGUACAGAUGUUGCAAAAGAAGAAUCAGUCCCUCAAAACAGAGACGGAUAACCAUGAGCCGAGGAUUUUAACUGUCAUCUCCAAUGGCCAGAAGUUAAUCGACGAAGGCCACGAAGACUCGGAUGAAUUCAAGAGGCUUAUUGAAGAACUAACGGCUCGGUGGCGAGAACUUAAAGACGCCAUCGACCAACGCAAGAACAAUCUGUCUCAAUGGGGCAAGGCUCACCAAUACCUGUUCGACGCGAACGAAGCCGAGGCCUGGAUGAGCGAACAGGAGCUGUACAUGAUGGUAGAAGACCGUGGAAAAGACGAAAUUUCAGCACAAAACCUCAUCAAGAAGCACGAAAUAUUGGAACAAGCGGUCGACGAUUACGCCAACACUAUUCGUCAGCUUGGCGAAACUGUUCGUCAGUUGACGAGUGAAGAACAUCCUCUGAGUGAGCAAAUAUCCGUGAAGCAAUCCCAAGUGGACAAGCUGUACGCUGGUCUAAAAGACCUGGCUGGCGAACGAAGAGCUAAGCUGGAUGAAGCAUUGAGGUUAUUCCAGCUUUCGCGAGAAGUGGACGAUCUUGAGCAAUGGAUCACGGAGAGGGAGCUGGUUGCCAGCUCGCAGGAGCUUGGGCAAGAUUAUGAGCAUGUCACUCUAUUAUGGGAGCGUUUCAAAGAGUUCGCCCGUGAGACCCAAUCGGUUGGUUCAGAGCGGGUCGCCACAGCUGAAAGAAUCGCGGACCAGAUGAUCGCUAUGGGACAUUCUGACAAUGCCACCAUCGCUCAGUGGAAGGAAGGCCUCAAGGAAACCUGGCAGGAUCUUCUGGAGCUCAUUGAUACGAGAACACAGAUGUUAGCGGCGUCACGAGAGCUGCACAAAUACUUCCACGACUGCAAGGACGCUCUGCAGCGAGUGAACGAGAAGGCAAGAGGAGUUAGCGACGAACUCGGUCGUGAUGCUCUCUCUGUCUCCGCUCUGCAGAGGAAGCACCACAACUUCAUGCAGGAUCUAUCUACGCUGCAGAACCAGGUUGAAGCAAUAAACGCUGAAUGCGCUCGUCUCGGCGCCUCAUACGCCGGGGAGAAGGCAGCUGAGAUCACCCGAAGAGCUGGGGAAGUCUCCGAAGCGUGGGCGUCUCUCCAGGCCGCGUGUGAAGCCAGAAGGGCCAAGCUGGAAGACGCCGAUCAACUCUACCGCUUCCUGAGCCAAGUGCGAACACUCACCAUAUGGAUGGAUGACGUUGUCCGGUCUAUGAACACUGGGGAGAAACCGAAAGAUGUAAGCGGCGUAGAGCUUCUAAUGAACAACCAUCAGUCCCUAAAAGCGGAGAUCGAGGCCCGCGAAGAGAACUUUGCGGUGUGCAUAGCUCUUGGAAGAGAAUUACUCGCGAGACAACAUUACGCGUCGUCUGAUAUAAGGGACAAGCUGCAUCUGCUCACUGAUCAGAGGAACGCCUUGCUGAGACGCUGGGAGGAGAGAUGGGAAAAUCUCCAGCUUAUCCUGGAGGUGUACCAAUUCGCUCGCGAUGCGGCAGUGGCCGAGGCAUGGCUGAUCGCCCAGGAGCCCUACCUGAUGUCGCAGGAGCUGGGUCACACCAUCGACGAGGUGGAGAGCCUCAUCAAAAAGCACGAAGCCUUCGAGAAGUCGGCUGCCGCGCAAGAAGACCGCUUCAGCGCUUUGCAGAGGCUUACCACUUUCGAAGUGAAAGAGAUGAAGCGUCGCCAAGAAGCGGCUGCGGCUGCCGAGAGGGAGAGACAAGAGAAGGAAGCCGCCGAAGCCGCUGCUCAGGCUGCAGCUCAAGAUGCUGUCGACCGAGCUGCUUCUCCAGAGCCGGAGCAACCCGUCGUAAGGAGAACAUCCACUAAAGCGGCUGAGAAGGCCCAAGAGAGACCGCAUUCCCAGCCAGAAACCCCAAGCCCCGAGACUCCGACCACGCCCCCUCCCGAGCGGCAAGAGACGCCACGCCCGUCCACCUCGAAACAGACGCCCGUUAAACCCGCACGCCUUUCCACACCCGGAACGAGCUCGACACCGGUCACGCCGUCGACUUCUGGUAAGGUGAAGUCUCGGUCGCGAAGCAAGUCGCCGUUCCGAAGCUUCCGUUGGAAAGCCGCUAAGAAACUACUCACUGGAACGCACCAUAGUGAUGAUGAAGAGGGCGCAAGUCCCGGAAGUGAGGACGAAGGCGUUGAAGGCAUGUUGGUCCGCAAACACGAGUGGGAAUCAGCCGCUAAGCGUGCAUCAAACAGAUCGUGGGACAAGGUGUACGUAGUAGCGAAGGAUGGGCGUAUGUCCUUCUACAAGGACGUGAAGGCGUACAAGGCAGCGCCGGAACAACACUGGCGCGGAGAGGCACCCUUGGACCUUAACGGGGCUGUUGUGGAGCAAGCUGCCAACUACACUAAGAAGAAACAUGUCUUCCGUCUAAGAUUAUCGAACGGCGCGGAGUUCCUUCUUCAAGCCCACGACGAGUCCGAGAUGGCGGGUUGGGUGGACGCGCUGCGCUCGCGCACCGCGGCCCCCGCGCCCCGCUCCCACACGCUGCCCGCCCCGCAUCAGGCCGAGCCCAAACGGCGCUCCUUCUUCACGCUCAAGAAGAACUAAACUCGUGUGCAGAGACAGCCGUACCUCACACGUUUCUCAUUAGACCCGCGUCCCCCCGUACUGAGUGCGAACACGUACACGUACAAGCACGCCCGCGUACGUUUCCGGGACGCCGCAUUUCUCACGACGCUUGCUGCCGUAAGCUUUGCUAAUGAAGAAAUCGUGAGCGGCCCUUUCUCACAAUUUGUUAUUAUUUUGUUGCGUACAAAUACGUUAAGACUGCUCGUGAGUGUUUGAAUCGAGACCCACCCCUUUCGUAUAAGGGAGCGUUCAAGUAUUACGUCACACAAUUUUUGGAGAUUAUUGACCCCCCCCCAUGUAACGCGCCGUAACGUUUUUGUACCCAAGUAUAGUAAAACGUUUCGUGACCACCUAGUGACUCUACCAUUAUGUGGUGGUACUGGAAAGUUACGUUUAACAAAAGGACACACCUUCCCUCCCCCCCCCCCCAAUUCGUUACGUAAUACUUGAACACUCCCUAACUGUUGUCACUUACUAUUUUAAAUAUGACGUUAAAAAUUCUAAAUAUGACACUAUUUAUUCGAUUUUAGCGUAAUUCAGAUGAUAAUUUAUUUAUAUAAUAUAUUGGAAAUUAAUAUAUGUAUAAUAUAUUCAUUUGAACUAGAAUUGUAUUAACAGCUUGAUUUAUUAGAUUGACCAAUUAUGGACGGAAUUAAUUGCAUUUGUGGAUGGAUAUGGCAUUUAACAUUUUAUCCCAGUUUUAUCUUUUGACGGCUCUUUGGAUGAGCUACGUAAGUUAGGAAUAAUUUCCAAUAAUAAAGUGUCUUCUUGUACUUCGACGUCGUUAUAUUUAUAUGGAUUUCAUAGAUUUAUUGCGUGUAGACUAGAUGGUAGUCGGAAAGCGAGCGACGUCGGGGUAUUGUCUUAUAUUUGUAAGUAUGCUUCGCCUGCGCUUCUAUUAACGUAUUAUUUCUUUUAUUUAACUGCCAUUUUUUCACAAAUUGUUAUUUUAUCUUAUACGUAUCACCUUAGAUUUACGAUCACAUUUUUAGUUUACGUAAUAUUGUAUAGAUUGCGCGCGGUGUCGCCGCUUCAACGCAGGCGCAUUACGUUUAAAUAUUUUAUUUUUAAAUUUUACUUUUUUGAGGAAAUAUAAUAAACGAUGUUUUCAAAUA